GUACACCUUUCUACCUAAAGCCAUAUACCGAACUGAACUGUACUGAACUGUAAAGUAAAAAGUAAACGAGAUACGUAGUUCAUAACCUCAAAAUGACUGAGUCGGUCAGGUCAAGCUCGGAAUAUAACCGGAGAGCGGCGGUUAUCGAAAGUCUUCGUGCUGGAAGGACACCAAGCGAAAUAAUAAAGUUUUUCAAAUACAGCAGGUCGACGGUAUACGAUAUUGCUCGAAAGUAUGCGACCUCAGAAAAGUCCGAGGGGAACUCCUGCACUCCAACGAGGAAAAUUCAAAUAAGGGAGAAGAUGACACGGACUCCGGAACUCAUCCAAAAAACCCAAGACCUCAUUUCGGAAAAUCCAGGGACCUCGCUCAGGAAAUUAGCGGCCAUUUUGGGGGUGGCUGAGUCCACAAUUCGUCGGAUCGUCCAAGAAGACCUCAGGUACACGUCCUACGUCCACAAAGUUCGACAGAUGCUCUCCAAGGCCGUCAAGGCCAAGAGACUUGCCAUCUGCAGUUUGCUCGUAUGUUCGCUAAAGAACGAAGCUGCUAGCUGUUUCAAGUUUUUCUCUGACGAGAAAAUCUUUAUUAUGGAUGCCAAAAUGAACCAGAAGAGCAGCUACUGGCUCGCUCACGACCCUGAGGAUAUCUCCGUAGUGGCUAAGACGAAGUUCCCGGCCAUUGUCCAUGUCUUGAGUGUCGUCUCGAGUGAGGGCGACGUUAUGCCGCCGCACUUCUUCCAAAAAGGAGAAACAGUCACAAAGAAGAUUUAUUUGGAGGUCUUGAGGACAGUGGUAAAGCCUUGGAUGGAGUCUGUGGCCUCAGGGAGGCCAUAUAUCUUUCAGCAAGACGACGCACCUACUCACACAAGCCAUGUGGUACAAAAUUGGCUCUCGGACAAUAUCGAUAUGUUCUGGUCCAAGGAAUUCUGGCCUCCUAAUAGCCCCGAUCUGAACCCUCUCGACUAUUACGUAUGGAGUGUAAUCGAGAGGGUUACUAACAAAUCCGAGCACCUCACCGUGGAAUCCUUCCGGACCGCUGUUGAGGCGGCAUUCGCGGCCAUGGAUCGGGCCCAGUUGAGAGCAGCAUGUUCGCGCUUUAGGACGAGAAUUGAGGCGGUAAUCGAGGCGCAGGGAAACUACAUUGAACAAUUGAAAAUGAUUGAUGAUGAUGAUGAUGAAGAAACGUCAAAUAAUUGCACACAAAUUGUUUACGAUUUUGAUAAUUCUAUUGAUGUGAAAGAAGUUAUUCAAUAUUCAUGUGAUACAAUUGAUUUAAAUACUAAUAAUUUAUGUCAAAAUAUAAAAGUGGAAUAUCCAGAAAAUUGUAAUGAAAUAAAUAUGGAGGAGACAGAAAAAAAUGAAGUAAGAGUGGAGGCAAUUGAUUCAAAUACUAAUAAUUUAUGUCAAAAUAUAAAAGUGGAAUAUUCAGAAAAUUGUAAUGAAAUAAAUAUGGAGAAAACAGAAAAAUAUGAAGUAAAAAUGGAGGAAUUACAAAAUAAUAUAGUAAUAAAAGAAGAGUUACCAGAAGAGUGUAAUGAAUUAGAAACAGAACAAUUACAAAAUUAUAAAAGAAAAGACACAAAGCAAAAUUGUAGGGAAAUGGAAAUUGAUGGGAAACCAUGUAAAUAUAAGAAAAUAGGAACAGAGCAAUCACAGGACUUUAUAGUAAUAAAAAACGAAUUUCUAGAAGAAUAUACUGAAAAAGAAACAGAAUAACUACAAAAUUGUAAGAAAAUGAAAAUAGAAUAACUGUGAUAUUGUAAAAAAAAUAAUAACAGAGGAGCCACAAAAAUAUAAGGAAACAAAAAAUGUAUUAUUAAUAGUUUAAUAGAUGAUCAUAAAGUAGAACCAAUACAAAAUUGUAAAUAUAUAACAUAAACCAGAAGUAUAUACAGGGUGGCCCACAUAACUCUUAACAGCUGAAUAUUUCGGAAACUAUUUGUCAAAUCAAAAAGUUGGCAAAAAAGGGAGAAGGGAGUAACUUAAUAUUUAUGUAGUUAGAAAGGCCCCUCGAAUACAUAAAACUUUCUCAUGAACAAUUUCUUGAUUUGACAAAUAGUUUCUGAAAUAUUCAGCUGUUAAGAGUUAUGUGGGCCACCCUGUAUAAUUAAGGAAAUGCCAAAGUGCGUAAUUAACUCCAAAAACGUAUGUAACAUCCUCAAAACAUCAUGUCAAAUAAGCAUUAACAAUCAUGCUAACUUUUCGUAUUUUUUGUGCAUACAGAUCUUAUAUAAAUACUGUUUGAUUUAUUUUAUUUUAUCUCAUUUAAAGGGAAACAUAAUCAAACAUGUACAGAAAUAUUUCUGCAAACUUCUCGUAUAAAUACAAAGUAUUUUUGUAUAAUAUGCGUAAGGGCAUAUACUUCAAAACUUUACCGACGGAAUGCUAACUUUUUUCUAUAAAGUUUGUAAUAUUGGUUGCAUAGGAUUAUAAGUUUACACAAUGAAAGGACAUAUAAAAAUACAUUGGAACAUUGCAUCGGAACUUUAUAUAUGAUGAACACGAUGCAAACUUUUGAGUUGACAUUUUGAAUUGUUGGUGUAAAGAUUUGCCUCAUGUAAAAGUUUUACGAUUUGUACCGAAUGUGUAUUUGAGAAGAAGUAUAUGUAUACUUUUCCUCAAAUUCUGAAAGUGUAAUAUACUACGCUACAGUUUUUGGAUGUUCUUCUCCCUGAAGCGAAGAAACGAAUUUUUGUAAACGUCAGAAACAAAUCCAAGAUGAACGCCGCAUAAACUCAGGAAUCAAAUCAAUUAAUGUAAAACAAUGAUGAGUAAAAUAUUACGUAAAUGUAGUAUAUAGUACGUAGCAUGUAGUAAAAUAAUGACGAGUAAAAUAUUACGACAUUUAUGCUUGCUUAUUUUGCUCAAUACAGCAGAAUCUUCCUAGAGAUUCUUCGUAAAGAUAUUUAUUUACUGAAAAAAAUAGGUUGUGUGUCAUCAUUGUGAUAUAAUAAUUAUA